AUGGCAGACAGACUUGACAACACGACCAAUUGGCAAGCGCCACCACGAUAUCUCCAAUGGAAUACAUCAGCAGAGUGCGCACUCUUUGCAGACGUCGCACAAAGUAUCCUUCGAACAUAUUCGGACGACCCUGUUGUGCAAGACUAUUGUGCCGUUAAUGUCAAUGCGCUCCAUGCCUACUUCCAAUCCUCCCUCCCUCUUUAUCUUCGGAACACCACUGGGAGGGCUACAUCGUCGCAAGUAGCAUCAUGGUAUAUGCUCGGCUGUAGCGCAGGGUCUUUAAUCUCUGAUAUGCCUUGCAACGCCGACAUUGCCGGCAUCGGAAUUACGAUUUCUCUUUGCAUCGAAAGCUUUUUGAUCUUCGUUCUCCUUGUCGCUAAUAUUGCCGAAUUUUUUCAUCGUCCGAAGUCAUCGUCUUCAUCAAAAGUAGGGAGGGUGCGGGAUGCUUGUCGCGCUGUGUUACCAACAUUCUACUGGAGCUCGGUAAUUUUCAACCUAGGAAUAGUUCUUGCGUCUCUCAAUACUGCCGUUGCCGUAUCAGGCGACGGGCAACUAGAGGUGAUAGCCCGAUGGAGAGCCGGCGGAACCUUCGCGGCAUAUGACACACAACUCGCGACUCUGAUAUCAGGAUUUAGCUUUCAACCAACGUUCAUGGCUGGACUAAUGAUGAUAGCGGAGCCAGGAAGAAGGAGGCGUGCACUGAACACCGCUAUAAUACCUGUGCUCGGACUACUUCUGAUACCACUUCUCUGCAUGACAUUAUCAUGGUAUUCCAGGUUCCCUGAAACGGUGAGCCGGCUGUUCUCCGAUGACCUCGAGAUCAAUACCACGGUGAGGCUGACCCUUUUCGUUUCAUUUUGCGCAACAUGGUUCCUCCUUGUUCUAUCUGGAAUUACAGUUGGAGUUGCCUAUCGCCGCGUCCCUGGAGAAUCUAGGCAAGUGUCAAUAGCUUCGAGUAGCCGUCUCGUUACUUUAGUCUAUCUCCUCCACAUGGUCUCGUUGGCUACGAUGUUCACUACGCUUGUUGUAUUUUUCUGGCUUCGGAACAGUACGAUUAAGAAUGCAGGAGGUAGUGACCCACAAGUCGACUGGGGGUUUGGUCAAGUUGUAGCUUUAGCAACUUGGAUUCCCGUGUUCGUUGACUUCUUCUAUAACUACUGGGGUAAGUCCAUCUUCAUCCGAGCUUCAUUUCAUGUUUUGCCCUAA